GAGGGAAAACGAAAACUCAAGAGGGAAAUCGAAAACUCAAGACCUAUAUAGUGAACUCUCUUUGCCGAACUGCCACAAAUAAAUCAUUCUCUUUGUCGAUUCAUUCUGUUUUUUUGGGAAAAUCAGGUUAGUUUUUGACAUAUCCAAACAUUGUGGAUCAUGUUUUUCUUCAAAUCACCCCAUCAGGAUUCCUCCGUGUUUGGGUAUGUGAAUUUCUAAUGCUUUAAUGUGUUAAUUAGGGAGAUAUCACCAUUUCUUUUUUAUUCUUAUUCUUUCUCUUUUAUAUGUGUUCUUAAUUUCGUUAGUGAAUUGCUACAUGAAUUUAGUUUCUCUUUAAUGAUUUAUUCUUGCUCUUUGUAUAUGAGUUCGUAUUUUGGCCAAUUGUUGGGUUUUAAUGUGAAUGUAAAUUCUCUAAUAUUAAAUCCCCUGGAAGAGUAUGGCAUGAUUUCUUUAAUUCUUUAUUGUUCUUCUCUUUUAAUAUGAGUUAUUAAUUUUGUGAAUUGUUAGGUUUUAAGGUGAAUUCCUAAUUUCUUAUCUUACGGUUUCCUAUGAUUUAUUUGGUUUCAUGAUUUUAUAAGUGUUCCUAUGUGUGUAUGUGUGUUAAGCAGGAGCUUGAGGGGGCUUUUAAAACUGAUACAAAGCAAAUAUUUUUGUAGUAUAAAGAGUGUUUCAUUGAGUUGAAAUGGGUGUAAAAAUAAGAUUGUUUGGUUGAGUUAUUAAAAGAGAGUUAUGUUGGUGUUUGGUUAUAUAUAUGCACAAUAGCAAAACUCUCUUUUAUAAAUAUGUUGGUUGAGUUAUGAAUAAUUGUUUCCAUCAUAUUAUAUGACAGUACCUGAACUCCUGGAAGCCAUAUAUGCAUAAUAGCAAAAUUAUGUCAUCUUUAUUCAUAAAAACUUGACCUACAAAUUACAAUUUCAAUAUUGUAAACACUAUUAUAAUGCUUAUUACAAAGCUUAAGAUUAAAUUUGAUACUGUAAUAUGAACUGAACUCGUUAGUUCAAGUUUAAAUAGUUUACUUCACUUCUAAUGGAAACGGAAAACAUAAGUGUACCUCACUUCACUUUACUUCACUAUAUUCUACCAAGUUGUACUUUGCUUUUACUUUAAUUGAUGUCUGGUAAUUCAUUGGAUCCUAAUUUUCUAUUGUGCAAAUAAACAAAAACUGGUUGUUUCUCUUCUUGUUAUCAACAUCUAUGAAAAAAUCAUCGAAUUUAAACUUGUAAUCACAAAGCAUUAUAAGUAUUACGAUAACUGCAGAGUGAAAUUUGACAAUAUUAAGUUGAAAGUAAAGGAUUUGAUGUACUCUAGAUGUUUUGAACCAUUUUGGGAGGCAAAUAGUAUUGUGGUUUUUUCUAAUGUACAGGAACAAUUUGGAUAUGGAUCCUGGAUGUGAUCAGCUUCCCAGCUCCCAACAUCCUCCUUAUGUUAAUCUUCCCAACCAAACUCCAAAUCAGUUCCCUGGAUGUGAUCAGCUUCAAAGCUCCCAACAUCCUUCUUAUGUUAAUCUUCCCAACCAAACUCCAAAUCAGUUUACGACAUCAAUAAGUCCCCAGUUUCAUCCUUCUUAUCAAUUUAAUACCAUGAAUGGUUCUUGUCCUCCGUAUACUAACCUACCUUAUGGACCUCCUUUUUCAUUCCAAAAUGUUUUGAAUACUCCAGUUUUUCCAAAUGGAGCCACAGAAACUCAUACCACACGAGGAGGAGGAGGAAGAAAGAAACCGAAAGAUGUUCAUAAUAAUUCUAAUGAAACAUCAACUGGUAAGAGAGAUUGGAGUUCCGAAGAAGAUAUUGCAUUAACACAAGCAUGGUUACACAUCUCUACGGAUGCUGAUGUCGGGAACAACCAGAAACAUACAACUAUGUGGGAGCGAAACUAUAUUCUACCAAGUUUCCACUAGAAACUAUAUUCUAGUGGAAACUGAAAACAUAAGUGUACCUCACUUCACAUUACUUCACUAUAUUCUACCAAGUUGUACUUUGCUUUUACUUUAAUUGAUGUCUGGUAAUUCAUUGGAUCCUAAUUUUCUAUUGUGCAAAUAAACAAAAACUGGUUGUUUCUCUUCUUGUUAUCAACAUCUAUGAAAAAAUCAUCGAAUUUAAACUUGUAAUCACAAAGCAUUAUAAGUAUUACGAUAACUGCAGAGUGAAAUUUGACAAUAUUAAGUUGAAAGUAAAGGAUUUGAUGUACUCUAGAUGUUUUGAACCAUUUUGGGAGGCAAAUAGUAUUGUGAUUUUUUCUAAUGUACAGGAACAAUUUGGAUAUGGAUCCUGGAUGUGAUCAGCUUCCCAGCUCCCAACAUCCUCCUUAUGUUAAUCUUCCCAACCAAACUCCAAAUCAGUUCCCUGGAUGUGAUCAGCUUCAAAGCUCCCAACAUCCUUCUUAUGUUAAUCUUCCCAACCAAACUCCAAAUCAGUUUACGACAUCAAUAAGUCCCCAGUUUCAUCCUUCUUAUCAAUUUAAUACCAUGAAUGGUUCUUGUCCUCCGUAUACUAACCUACCUUAUGGACCUCCUUUUUCAUUCCAAAAUGUUUUGAAUACUCCAGUUUUUCCAAGUGGAGCCACAGAAACUCAUACCACACGAGGAGGAGGAGGAAGAAAGAAACCGAAAGAUGUCCAUAAUAAUUCUAAUGAAACAUCAACUGGUAAGAGAGAUUGGAGUUCCGAAGAAGAUAUUGCAUUAACACAAGCAUGGUUACACAUCUCUACGGAUGCUGAUGUCGGGAACAACCAGAAACAUACAGCUAUGUGGGAGCGAAACUUACAAGUUUGGAAGGAUAACAUGGGAGAUCAUUGCAAAAGCCCAGAAAUAGUAACAGCUUACAAUGUCGGUGGCAAAAAAUACAAAAGUCCAUUAACAAGUUCCAUGGGAUUUAUGAGAAACUUGAAAGGCAUCCACAAAGUGGUUCGAACCCAGAAGACAUGGUAAGUAUUAAAGUGUUAUAGUUUUUAUAUAUUCAUUACAUUUGAGUAGUUUAAAUCUUUUUUAUUCGAUUCUUGUGUUUUCCAGAAAAAAAGGGCAUUGAGCAUGUACGAGAGGACUAUGAGUGAUAAGAAGAAAAAGGAAUUCAAAUAUGUCCACAGCUGGGAACUUUUAAUAAAGAAUGCAAAAUGGUCUACCAACCAGCUGACAAAGUCUACUGCAUCAAAUAAGAAUUAUGUGGACAACGGAAACCCAUCAACGACUUAUGACACCACACCUAACACGGGAAAUAAUACUACGGAACCUGUAGAAGUUAGAUGUGAUGAAUUUGUGCGCCCAGAAGGAAGGAAGAGUUGUAAGGAAAAAAGCGAAAGCUGAAUGCACAAAAUGGAGUUAUUGAAGCAUUGAACAAACUGCAAUGCACCUUAGAGAAGCAAAUCCAAUUCAAUAUGGCAGAGCUGGAGUUGAAGAAAUAAAUCCAACAAAAAGAGUAUGCAUUUAGAGAGCAAGUAAUGAAAAAAGAGUUAGAGCUAAAGGAGCAUAACCAAAAGUUGAAGGAAGAAUCCCAACAAAUGAAGAUGAAGGAGCAUGAAAUGAGAGAGAGCACAAAAUAAAUCUGAUCAAGAGCGUUCUCAAGAACGUAUUAUGAACCUCGACUUGAGUAGACUGUCACCAACUGUCCAAGCUACAUAUGAAAUCUUACAAGCUCAAAUACUGAAAGAAUGGGAAGUUGCCAACUUUUAUAGAAUUUAAUUAUAUUAUAGACUCUCGAUCUUUUCUUAUUUUAUAUUAUAGAUUUAUUAGAUCUUUUCAUAUUUCAAUAAUUUUCCUAUGAAUGGAAUAUAUGAACCAUAGUUGAUUGUUUUUUUAGGAAUUAAGUCGCUGGUUUGUGAUUUAGUAUAAUUAUUAUUAUUCUAUGAU